CAGAUUAGGAGGAGAAUGGUUCAGUUGCGAUGCCAGUUGUUGUCCAGAACUUGCUCUGAAUUGGACGGCACGCAUUUAACGUUCUGCUAUUCAACACCACCGCUCUCUAUCGUAGAAGCCGACCAAGAAACAAAAAUCUCCGAACCGCUCCCCAGAAAAAAGGCAAGAAAACCAGAAAAAAUCCCUCCGGCUUCCCACUGCAGAUCUCCAUUACCGUCUCAACCAUGACAACCUCAAGGCGACUUGCAGAUAGGAAGGUGGAGAGAUUUGAGAAGAACAUCAAGAGGAGAGGUGCAGUUCCGGAAACAUCAACAAAGAAAGGAACCUCUUAUCCAGUAGGGCCUCUUGUGCUGGGGUUCUUUGUAUUUGUUGUCAUUGGAUCCUCUUUGUUUCAGAUAAUUAGGACAGCAACAAGUGGAGGCAUGGCUUGAAUGAUAAAUCUUCCAUACGUAGGAAAUGUUUGCAGCUUUGGGCUCGUGUUGUCUGGCCAUCUCUUGGUUUUGUGUAGGAUCGACAUGAACUUUUUCCCCUAGUUUACUUGUUCUUGUUAUGUAGUGAAUGAUUAAUGUGAUACCGGGAGUGCAUGCCUCUCCUACUGGGGAAGCUAAAUAAAGUAUGUGUUCCUCCCUUGCAACUAAACCCCUUUUGCAACUACUAAUUAAUCGUUAUUGUUCUCA